UCGAAUCAAGAUGCAGAGACAACGAAGACAAGCAUGGAUGUUGUUUCAUUUACAUUUACAUCUCCCAUCAAAAUAUCCAUGCCCAAUGUACCUUCCACAAGUCAUGUUGGGGAAACGAGCUGCUACUUUGAUAGUGAUCCUUCCAGAGACAAUAAUCCACUAUUCUCAAAAAGCUCGGGUUUUUCUUCUCUCGGACUUAAUAUAAUCGGUGGGGAUGCUCUGAGUGUUAUUUUGGUGGAAAAACUUGAGAAAUUGACAUAUGGAAUUGAGUCAUCCAAUUGCAAUAUCAUUUUAGAGGAGACCUCAUGUAGUCCUGCAUCCAGUCAGAAAACUUCAGAUAUCUCAUUGGGUACAUUGAUCACUACAUCAAUGGGACAUCACGAAAGACUUCAGGUGGAUCUAGAGAAAGACAUAUCACCUAGCUCCGCUGACUUAAAUCGCUCUUCAAUCGACAGUCCGGAGCUUGUUCGGAGAAGGAAGUGGGAGCUUUCAGAAGAAAUUGAAGAUCGAAAUGCUAGAAGCAGCAGCAGUGAGACUGGCAAAGAAUUAGAUCUUCAACAUCCUAGCCCACUUUCAACUCAUGAACUUACUGCCACGAGCGAUUGUUUCGCUGAUAGUAGAGAUAGUACCAGUGGCAUGAUGCAUUUGGCUCCUGAUGAAGAAGUGUUAAGUUCGUCUCCUGGAAUCGAGUCAUCCCAAAUUGUGGGAGAAAUGGACGGAAAGCUUCCAACUACAACAUCAAAAUCAACAGAUUUUAAAGAGUCGACCAAUUCUGAACUUGAUUAUGUGAAAAUGGUGCUAAAAGACUCUGAGCUAAAAAAGUUCAUAGAAUAUGCAUUGGGUCAGACUGAUAAUAUCAUGACCCUGAAUGCUUUUAAUCAGCUUGGGCAUCAGAACGGAACUGAUGGACAUGGAGAAGAUCACAACAAGGUCGAACUAAAACUUUUACUCGAUUGCGUGCGUGAAUCCCUGAAGUCACGGUACGACCAAGUUUUUGUCGGAAGCUGCAGAGGGUGGGAUAAGUGGGGAGAAUUGAUCCAAAACAAAGGAUGGUUAGCAGAAGAGUUAUACAAAGAGGUAUUGGGUUGGAGAAACAUGGGGAACAUAUUGGUGGUGGACGACCUUGUAGGCAAGAAUAUGAACACAAAGCAUGAGAGAUGGCUUGAUUUUGAUACGGAAGCGUUUGAAGAGGGUUUAGAGGUUGAGAAAACUAUAUUAACUUGCUUACUUGAUGAAUUAGUUUUUGAUUUGUUGCUUUAAGGCCAUCUUAAUCUUAAGAUAUCCCUUUUCUCCU